UAGGAAAUAUGGAAAGUAAGGGCGCCCUUCUACUCUUACUACACAUCUCUUUUGUUGUGCUUAUUGCCUCAUCGUUUACAGUGCUUGCCCUAAACGAUGACAUUCUAAGCACUAACAACAUUGCACAACCGCCUCAUCACACCUCAUUGCCUCCCGCUCCCUCGCCUAAACCGCCGCACAAGCACCGGAACCACCACCACAAACACCCUCUUGCGCCUGCCCCCUCACCACUUCCUCCAAAGCCUCCCACCCACCCCUCACCGCCCCCGCCGCCUCCAAAGGCACCCACUCACCCCUCACCGCCCCCUCCUCCAAAGGCUCCGGCUCACCCAUCACCGCCUCCUCCCAAGGCUCACACUCCCCCUCCACCCAGCUUCCACCACUCACCACCGCCACCGCCAUCUCCCACAGUUCCAAAGAAAAAACCCAUAGCUGUCCGUGGGCUUGUUUACUGCAAAUAUUGCAAGUAUAGGGGCAUUGAUAACCUCUACAAAUCUACACCUAUCAAAGGAGCUGUAGUGAAACUAGCAUGCAACAACACAAAGUACCAUCUAUCUGAGACCACAACCACGGACAAGAAUGGGUUCUUCUUGUUCUACAUGCCAAAGAUAGUGAGCAGCGCAGGCUACAGAAAGUGCAAGGUGUAUUUGGUCAAAUCUCCCUUGACCCAAUGCAGUGUGAAGACCAACUACAAACUUGGCAAAGCCGGAGCUCCGUUGAUCCCCACUCCACUGAAAAAACCAGCGCCGUAUAACCUCUACACCGUCGGCCCUUUCGCAUUCGAACCUUCCAAGAAGGUUCCUUGCCCACGUUAAUGAGACUCAUGCAUGCAUGCAUGUUAUGUUGUAGCGUUGUUCUAAUUUCUGAGGAGUAAUCUUUUUUUUUUUUUUUUGUUUAUUUUGGGUUGAUGGUGUCAUAGUGUGAAAGAACUUGCGUUGUAGACUUGUUGUAAUGAUGUAGUGUCUCUACGAAUAAAGAAGUUAGAUUAAUAAAUGAAUAAAUAUGGGCUUCGGAGGGAGAGUCCAGUUGGUCGAUCUGUAUUAAACCAGGUCCAAUGAUUUGCAAGUUGUUAUGCCUGGAUGAUAGAUCCGGACAUCCGGUCUACUUUGCAAUGUGGACCUAAGUCCAGUGUACAAUUUUAAAAUUCAAUGUUCAUAAUUUUA